UCCGCAGAACCAGAAAAGCCAGGAGUGUGUCCAAAAAAUCCUGAAGUAGCACUUUUAGGGGGGUGUGUUGAGAGGUGUUCUCAUGACCGUGACUGUCCAAAAGAUGAGAAAUGCUGCAGCAAAGGAUGUGGACAACAGUGUAUGCCUCCAUAUAGAGAACCAGAAAAGCCAGGCGUGUGUCCAAAAAAUCCUGAAGUAGCACUUUUAGGGGGGUGUGUUGAGAGGUGUUCUCAUGACCGUGACUGUCCAAAAGAUGAGAAAUGCUGCAGCAAAGGAUGUGGACAACAGUGUAUGCCUCCAUAUAGAGAAAAGCCAGGAGUGUGUCCAAGCAAAAACCUUGGAAUAGGAGUGUGUGCUGAAUUGUGUUCUCAUGACCGUGACUGUCCGAAUGAUGAGAAAUGCUGCAGCAAUGGAUGUGGACAUCAGUAUGCAUUGGUCAAUAUAACAGGAAAGCCAGGAAUGUGUCCAAGGAGAUUCUUUGGAGAAGGAUUGUGUGAAGAGUUGUGUGUCAAUGACAUUGACUGUCCGAACAAUGAGAAAUGCUGCCGCACUAAAUGUGGACGUGAAUGUACACUUCCAUUUAAAGUGAGGCUUGAUCCAUGUCUCGGACCAAAUGUGUGCUGAUAACUCUUCCCAUGAUGAUCGAUGUCCUGCCUGACCGAAGUGUUGCCCGACCACCCGUGCGUGCAUGCAUGCAGCGAACCAUGCCAGUUUAACAAUCGGGAGAGGGGUUUGUUUUUGUUUUG